AUGGAAAGCUCAUCAUCAUCAGCAAUGGCCGCAGAAAAGAGAAAGCCAAGAACCCCUGGUGAAGAUUCAGAAGUGAUAGCUCUGUCGCCGGCGAGUCUAACGGCGGCGAACAGAUUCUUCUGCGACGUGUGCGGAAAAGGGUUUCAAAGGGAGCAGAACUUGCAGCUCCACCGCCGGAGCCACAGCUUGCCGUGGGGGCUCAAGCAACGAGCCGGCGGCAAUGCGGCGGGGACGCGGCGGCGCGUGUACGUUUGCCCAGUCCCGAGCUGCCCCCACCACGACCCGUCCAAAGCCCUCGGCGAUCUCUCCGGAAUCAAGAAACAUUUCUGCCGGAAACACGGCGAGAAGAAGUUUAGCUGCCACCGCUGCGGCAAGAAAUACGCCGUCCAGUCCGACAUCAGAGCCCACGCCAAGAUUUGCGGCACCAAAACCUAUCAUUGCGACUGCGGCGCCAUGUUUAACAAGUGGAAUGACUUUGCAAGGCACACGGUACUUUGCGGCUUAAUACUAGCACAACCCAUUGUGGAAACACCGCCGGUUUCCGGUCUGCAGCCACCGCCGCAGUCUCUAACGCUGUCCAUGGCGGCGGCGGCGGCGCCCUCCGAAUUCCCUGCAAGUCAGUGUGGCAACGAGGAAACACUUGAUGCUUCUGCCGGCGCCGACAUUAAUAAGCUGAAAGUCGUCGGAGAUUCCCCGGCGUCAACAUCAUCAGCUCCGGCAAGACAAUCAUUGAUGACCUCCAAGUCAAUGGAGUCUGAUUUUUUCGGCGCUUUAAUGGAGCCAACUAAUUUGCCGCUCUCUUUUCUAUGUUCUCCUCAUCAUGAUCUCGCCGCCGCCACCAACAACGCAUCGUCGUCUCAUCAGUACUUGGCUUCGCCGGCGCUAUCCGCCACCGCGCUGCUUCAGAAGGCGGCGCAAGUGGGCUCAAUUUACUCCGGCGGUUCAACGUCGUUUCUUCAUGGACUGGGUUUGUCAAUGAUGAGCGGUUUCAAUAAUACCCAGAAAUGGAAUGGUUAUGCAAUGCCUGAGAAUAAGUCAAUGGGUUCCUCCGGUGGGUUGCCGGAUUCCAUGGUGGACCGGGCGUCUCCGGCGGUGAUAUUCAGUACCCAGCAGCUCCAAACCCUUGAUUUUCUUGGCGUGGGUGGUGGCAAUGGCAAUGACGGCGGCGUUUUUGGUAGAUUGGGUUUUCCUUAG